CCCCCGGCCGCCGCUCGCUCCCUGCGCUUUGUGCGUGCGGCGGCCACCACCAUGCGGGGGGAGAGGCACCGCGUGGGACGCGGCGAGGCGGAGCGCCCGCACCGCCCCGGCUGCUGCACCUCGGGGGGCAGGGCCCCCAGAGAGCCCUGAGCGCCCGGCGGUUUCAUUUUCGUUCACCAGUACUUCAAGGCGCAGAGGAGCUGGUAAAGGCAUUGCCAUGAAACCUAACUUGAARCAAUGGAAACAACUCAUGCUCUUUGGUAUCUUUGCAUGGGGUCUGCUUUUCCUGGUGAUAUUCAUCUAUUUCACAGAUAGCAACACUGCUGAACCAGUUCCAAGUUCCUUUUCUUACAUUGAAACGAAGAGACUUUUGCCGCUUCAGGGCAAGCAGAGAGUAAUCAUGGGAGCCAUUCAUGACCCAUCAUUCUCUGAAACCAUUGAUGGGAAUGAGGUACUUCUUAACGAAGAUCUCCUGGGUACUUUUAAAUCGGGGACUGGAAAUUCUAAGAAAUGGACUGUAUUGGAAGAUGCCUUUAGAAAUGAAGAAGAGUUUCUUACAUCCCAGUCAAGAAGAAAAUCAAAAAGUGCUUUCUACCAAGUGAAUGAUGAUUAUUUAUUUGCUGCUGGUCAGCCUCAGUCACACAACCACUUUCAAGAGAUAGAAAAAUUCAUUUCAGCUGAUGUGAAUAAUCCAAAAGUAAAUACUUUACAGCACAACUGGAGCCAUCAUAGAAGAAUGAGGAGAAGGAGCACAAAGCAUAGAAGAAGCCAGAUGCUUGAUGGAUCUGAUGACUGGGAUGGGCUGUAUUCCACAAUGUCGAAAUCCUUUCUUUACAAGCUUUGGAAAGGGGAUGUUUCUUCCAAGAUGCUAAACCCUCGACUGCAGAAGGCGAUGAAAGAUUAUUUGAGUACCAAUAAACAUGGGGUGCGGUUCAAGGGGAAGCGAAACUCCAAGUUGACAGGAGACCAGCUAUUCUGUGAGCUGAAAGAAAGAGUGAAUGUGAAAACAAUAGAUGGCAAGGAGGCUCCCUUCUCCACUCUUGGAUGGGAAAAGCACGUUCCCCAGAUUCCACUGGGCAAAUUGUAUACACAUGGCUUUGGGAGCUGUGCUGUAGUUAUGUCUGCUGGUGCAAUACUGAACUCCUCUCUAGGGGACGAAAUCGAUUCUCAUGAUGCUGUUUUACGAUUUAAUUCUGCUCCAACACGUGGCUAUGAAAAAGAUGUUGGAAAUAAAACAACCAUGCGGAUCAUUAACUCUCAGAUUCUCACCAAUCCAAACCAUCACUUUGUUGACAGCUCCUUGUAUAAAGAUGUUAUCUUAGUAGCCUGGGAUCCUGCUCCCUACUCUGCAAAUCUGAAUGUGUGGUAUAAGAAGCCAGACUACAAUCUGUUCACUCCCUACGUGCAGCAUCGCAGGAAGAAUCCAACCCAGCCAUUCUACAUCCUCCAUCCAAAGUUUAUAUGGCAGCUCUGGGACAUCAUUCAGGAGAACACUAAAGAGAAGAUACAGCCCAACCCUCCUUCUUCAGGAUUUAUUGGUAUCCUGAUCAUGAUGUCCAUGUGUGAUGAAGUGCACGUGUACGAGUACAUCCCUUCGGUGCGACAGACCGACCUGUGUCACUACCACGAACUCUACUAUGAUGCAGCUUGUACCUUAGGAGCCUACCAUCCCCUGCUCUACGAGAAGCUCUUGGUGCAGAGGAUGAACAAAGGUUUGCAGGAUGAUCUGUAUCGGAAGGGGAAAGUCAUUUUGCCAGGGUUCAAAGCUGUCAAGUGCCCAAAACGAAGUAACUUCCCUCACUUCUAGAAAUAAGUCCUUCAGAAACAAUGUGCAAUAAGGUACUACUGUCGUACUAUAAACAAGAAGAGAAUACUUGAAAAAGUGUAUCUUAGACCAAUCUAGUCUUGAGUCUAUAAAUUGUAAUUAAGUAGCAGGCAUGAGAAAUAUUUCUUUUCUGAGCCUGAGUAUUUAUUAUUGCUUUGCAAAUAGUUACAGGAAAAAAUCAAAGGCUUAGCUCAUGAAGGUGCAAAGGAUAUACUUAGGCAGAAAUAUAAUGUAUUGUUGUUGGUGUGACUGUCAGAAUUUGUCGGUGGUCUCAUGCCACACAUGCUAUACUGUAUUAUUUUAAAUGCAUUUAUUUAACUGUCAAAUCUGGCAUUGUGAAAGAGCCUCUAUUGUUCAURUACGUACAGAGUGGCCAGUUGAACAAUGCAGCAUUUCCCUUGGCUCCACAGCAUUUUCACACUCUCCCAGAAUGAAGCAGUUGCUACUCCAAGCUGUGCAGUCAUUCACUAGAGCAGRGUUUAAUAUUCCUAGGCAGGCUCAGUUCCAGGCCUCCAGCUGAACAGGGGUUUAUGGUGGCAAUGAAGUGUGUGUGGUCAGUCGAGGAUGGCUGCUGAGUGUAUGGCUGAUGGGAGUCUCCCAUGCUCACACUGACUGAACAGGAAGAGAGAAAUGUCUCAUUUCUUUAGAAAAAAAAAGAACCCAAUCAGGAUGAAAAACUCUCCCUGAAAGGACUAUCAGGAAGGUGUGAGAUGGAAAUGCUGCCCUUCCCCAGUCUGCACAGACAGAGAAGAUCCAGAGAAAGCCAAGGGAGGCUGUGCAGCCCUCACCCAUCACACUGAAACRAGCACAGAGCAGAUCACCUCUUGUCAACAAACAUAGCAUUCAGGAAUGCAGACAUAAUUUGUUAUAUCUGAAUCAAAGUCACUUGUUCUCAAGUUCUUGCUGUUAAGAAGGUGGAAGGAGUUUUCUGACAAAAGGUGAUAUCAGCAUUUUUUUACUUAAUGUUUGAAAGACUGUAACCCAGAAAAGCUGUAAUGCCUGCAAAAAAACUGAUACGGAUUGCAUAUGGAGAAAGUUUGGUAUUUUCAUUCAUAACACACAAUGAGAAUAUUCUCUAAGGCAUUUCUAAAAAUCUGCCUAAUUCCUAAUAUAUUAAAAACAUUAUUUUCCAAGACUUCAGUUUUUCCAGGUGGUGGGAGGUUAUUGGUUUAGAAUGUUUUUUUCAGUUUUUUGUUUUGUUUUUUUCCCACCCAACUAUACCUUAACUUUUAGAGUAGGUUCAGCAGGAAUUUGUGUGCACAAAAGCACAGGUAUAUGCUUCUCAYAUCCAUCCAGUAAAAGAGUAGACAGCUCAAAGAGGCAUUGAAAAUAAUAGCUGACUGGUUGUGGUGGUUUUGACUUAAGCAAAAAGCCAGAAAGGCAGAAAAAAGCAAACAACAUUAAUGACUAUUUCAUCUUCAGUUGUAAUGUAAGUAUAAUCACAAAAUCCUUUUUCUCUCACUCAGCUCUUUGGGAAGCAUUAUUGGAAGGAUCCUUUGGAAGGAUUAUUUUCCUUCCUCAAAAUGAAGAAUAUGUGUUUUACAUAGGACUUAGUCUUCUUUUUGGGCUUURUGGUGAUCUUAAGAUGCUUCUUAUUGACAGAAAUUAUGUGUAGAUGAUCUAAUAACUGUACUUCUGUGUUGUAUGGAUAGUUAUGUCCAUAAGGCAUUUGAAGACAUAUCAGAAUUAUUAGGUUUUACUCACACUAGCCUUGGACUCUGGCUGUAGUACAUACCAAUUUCUUUUUCAUGUUUUGUAUGGUGGCAACAKUUAUUCUUGAAAUUAGUAACAUUGUUAUUUAAUUGCAUGGAGAAUAGAUAGCCUACAUAAACUAAWCUAUUUUUCCAUAUAUUUGGUACCCUGUUUGCAAAACAUAAGCAGUCUGAAAAGUGCAAUCAAACAUGUCUCUCUCUGCUGUACCCUAGGYUAGCUAUGACAUAACUGUAAAGGAAGAGAGUUUAGCUUUCUAAGGCUAGUGAAUAUGCUACUUCUCAAUAAGCAGGAAAUUCUAGAGUUCCAAAAAGAAAAAGAAAAAAUCAUUUUGACUGGCCUGCAAUCCCUAACUUUUAACUUUGAUUUUAAUUAAGAAGAAAAAUACUAACUGCAUUCUCAACCACCCACAGCAGGAUUAGGUAGUAUUUUUUAUUCCCUCAAUAAUUUGUCAGAAUAAUCAACACAACUGUUGUACUGAACAAGGCAAUUUGUAAAGUUUCAUGUAACAAGUGCUAAGCAUACCUACUUAAUACACCAUUUAUAUACCAAUGCAGAACCAGGUCUGAGAUGUUAUAAAAUCAACUGUAUCUUUAAUUUACUGGACUGCACAUUGAAACCCUUGCAGCCAAUAUUUUUUCUUUGCCAYAUCCUUAUUUAUAUGGCAAUGAGUCCUCCUUUCACAAGUGCAAAUGUGGGUGCUGUAGCACCAUCACCUCAGAGGAUGCUGCAGGGAUGUGUGGCAAAGGCUUGCUCACAGAGGAGGACGACCAACCUGUGAUGCCACCUUUAAAAAAUGAGCCUGGUGUGGUUUUCUAACACWGGUUUCCACUGUGAUAUUUUACUGGUCUGCCUGCUCAAACACCUUGUGGUUGCUUAAAGAGCAUUUUCUCUCCUACCUUGUCUUGUCCUCCUUCCGUUUUUGGUGCAAUUGCAAGUGUGUUUGAUCUGCUAAUUGAGGGCUCCCCUCCACAAUGAGAAAGGGGUAGAAAUAACGGGGAAACACAAAGGAACUGCAGAGAUGCUCCUCUCACCACUUCUUACUCUCUGUGGCAUUGGCAUUGCUGGCUUUUCUAAGAGCCCUCCAAGUGUUUUUGUAUUAAUGGGCAUUUACCCAUCCCUUGUGAGGGCAGAGAAAUAUUUGCACAGAACUACAUUCAGAAAAUUUAAAUCAAUGAAUGUGUAAUAACACUGAACCACGUAUCUUCUAAAAAUAAUAGGUGAGAGUGCUGGUUUUAGAUACGAAUGUUAAAUACAGCAGUGUGAAAGGAAAUGCRUUUUCUCUCCAAGAUCAUAGAGGGUUCUGGGGAGAAGAUACAGGCUCUCCCCUGUGGCUGUCACACACUAACAGAGUGUGUCUCUCUAGACAAGRGAGGUUUGCACAGACCUGGUGCGUCACGAGGUGCAUCAUCAGCCAAGCAAUUGCUUCWGCUAUCGGGCCCCUGAGCUCCCUCUGCACUUGUUGUAGGCUUUAAAUUUGUGGAGUUUUACUGACAAGUAGGAACCAGUUGCCUUCAAACACUAUCGAGCCUCAUUUCUGUGCCCUGGUGCUGUGGACAACAGUUAAAGUUAACUGAAACAAACCAGAAACACAGCAGCAGCUUAAGGGAACGUGCUGAGUUUAUGCUGAAUUAAAUUAUGCUCUUCUUUCCCCACUGUGAAUUCUGUAACUUUUCUGACUUGCGGUGCUCUAUCAUUUUGUGCAUUCAGUUUUGGAUGGUUAAAUCAAGGUAUUCUUCUGUUUAUUCAAGGAAAAAACAAAAGAAAUAUUUUGCCUCAUUUUGAGCCAAAAUCUUUCACUAGGAAAAAGAAAAAAAAAAAACAAACCAAAAAAACCCCCAUUAUUUGUUCCGUUCCUCUAUGGUUCUAAAGGUUACCUCAGCAUGAACUCAUAGCUCAGUCCUUCCUUGGAUUAAACUCCUACAUCUUUUUUUACCUCGUUGUGCAGUUUUAUGCUGUAGAAACUCUGGUAAAUUACCAUGAUGUACCUUUGGGGAGAGAGAGGGGUGAUAUAAGCACUCUAAUGUACACUCUCACUUUACAAAUUUAAUUUAAGCUUUGUUUGUCUUUGGUCAAGACACUUUCUUUGGUGAAGACAUCCAAAUUCUGAACUUGUUGCUGUAGAUCUCUUGCCAAAGUCAGGAAAACCAAGAGAGUUUUUGUGGGUUUUUUUAAAUGAAGACAAGUGUCUACACUUACUGGUUGCACAGACUGAACAGUCAUUUUAGAGACUGAUUGAAUUUAACAGGAAUUCAAAACACAUGCAGAGCAAUCCAUAGUGGGGUUUUUAAUUUCCUUUUUCUUCAGAAGUUUUUAAGGAUGGAAAAUGCCAUUUGGACAGUGACACAAAUGUACCAUGAAAAGAGUAUUAAAUGCAUUGACUGCAACAAUAAAUGGUUGCUAUUUUUCCCUUCAUGCUUUCUAAAGUUGAUGCAUAUUUAAAUGAGAUUCUGCUUUGAAGUAGGUAAUUCAGAAGCCUGCCAUUAAAAUGAUUUGAAUCUUUCCCAGCAUCUAUCCUCUCACGAGGAGGAUACCUGAUUUAACUGUUUGAAAUUUAAAGUAGCCCAUGUCUGGGCAUACCUGCAUCACUUAAUGAAUUUUGACAGUGCAGUUGUCUUCUCUCUGGCUUGCAAUCAGAUUCGGAAUUUYGUUCUUGAAGUAAGAGUUGUGUGUAAAAGCCUUACUUUUUUUCACAUCAUCUCAYCACUCUUAAAAUAUGUAGUCAUUGAACUAUCCAGAUAUAGACUGUGUACUUUUUUAAUAGCUUUGAGAAUUAUUUUGUAUGAUGAUUUUUUUAAAUGAAUGUGUACUCUAAUAASAAAGCUUAAGAUUUUACAGGAGUCACAUUUUUAAGCAGUGUUUGUAUACAUUUUAACACUUUUUAUAUUUUCUAUUAUGAUUUUGUAUAUUUUUAUGUAUACACAGU